AUGAAUGGACAUACCAUUGAAUUCGAGCUGGAUACCGGUGCCCCUGUAUCGAUAAUUGACGAGGCAACGUGGUCGAGGAUAGUUUUGAGAGGUCGGUGUAUUGUGGAGCUUACAGUCCUAGGGACGUGCCACAGCAAUGGAAGUAUUGUGGGCUUCACGCAAGAAGUAUGGAACACUAAAGAGCGGUUACGGGAGAAGAUAAAGGUCUUAUUAGAAGAGAAUCAAAUAUUGUUAAGGAAAGGAUUGCACCACGGCAAAAGUAGCGCUGAGGAUGAAACAAGGACAAGAAAAGUCCAAAUUUUGCAGAAAACAACCAGAAUAGUAGAGAACGGUACACUUAUUAGGCUGGAACAUUCGGAGUGGGCCACACCGCUAAUGGUGGUUCCCAAACCAGUAUGGAACAUAAGAUCAUGCGGAGAUUAUAAAGUGACGAUAAACCUACAGUUGGACAUCAACCAACCACUGCCCAAGCCGGAUGAUUUGUCGCAUGUUAAACGGAGGGCAGAAGUUUUCGAAGAUGGAGCUGUCGGAUGCAUAUAUGCAAUUAGAAUUAGAGCCGAAAUUCAAAAAUCUACUACAGUUAAUACCCAGGGAAUGUUUGAGAGAGGUUGCGAAAAGACUGAGGGAAGCAGGGUCUAA